UCCCCAUUUGUUUAAGUAAUCAUUGGCCUCCACCACUUCUACAUUCCCUCCUCGCUCUCUCUCUCUUUCUCUGCAACUUCCUUUUUCAACGGCUGUCCGGUGCCGACGUAUCAGAGACGCCGCCGCGCUCCGCCAUCGGCCAGAUCUCCCCUCGUUCCCUCGGCUUUUGAUCUGGUUUUCGUCUUCCUGAGGUUGAGCGUGUCGAGUGUCGUGAGAACGAGGAAUGGCUGUCGCACCUGCACGGGCUCGAGCCGAUUACGACUACCUCAUAAAGCUCCUCUUGAUCGGCGAUAGCGGUGUUGGUAAGAGUUGCCUCCUCUUGCGCUUUUCAGAUGGUUCCUUUACUACCAGCUUUAUAACAACUAUUGGGAUCGACUUCAAGAUCAGGACUAUAGAGCUAGAUGGAAAACGAAUUAAAUUGCAAAUAUGGGAUACUGCUGGACAAGAGAGGUUCCGAACAAUUACAACUGCAUACUACCGUGGGGCCAUGGGUAUACUCCUUGUGUAUGAUGUGACUGACGAAUCAUCUUUCAACAAUAUCAGGAAUUGGAUCCGUAACAUCGAACAGCAUGCUUCUGAUAAUGUGAACAAGGUACUUGUGGGUAACAAGGCUGAUAUGGAUGAGAGCAAAAGGGCUGUUCCUACCUCAAAGGGCCAAGCGCUGGCCGAUGAAUAUGGUAUUAAGUUUUUUGAGACUAGUGCCAAGACGAACUUGAAUGUAGAGGAGGUUUUCUUUUCAAUAGCGAGAGAUAUCAAGCAAAGGCUUGCAGAAAACGACACAAGAUCUGAGCCUCAAGCAGCAAUUAGGAUCAAUCAACCGGAUCAGGCAUCAGGGGCCGCUCAAGUACCGCAGAGAUCUUCUUGCUGCGGUUCUUAAGCAAGUUUUGCUGAAGUCACUGCAGUAGUGGGGAAAAUUGAUUUUGUUAUACAUCCGGUUGCUCCCAUUGUUCUCGCCAUACUACCUCACUAAAUGCUGCUUUUUGUGUGGAUGGUAGAUCCGUCGCCAUCACAUAGAAGAAUGAAUUCUUGGGCAAUUGUAAUAUGAGGAAUUAAUUAUGUGCAGAUUCCAGCUGAGAUUUCAUCUCAUUAAGUUUGACAUCACAUUAUCAACUCUUGUAUUUUUUUUCCUGGAAGAGGUUGCUAUGAUAUUCUGGUAAUAUUUUAAA